AUGGGUGGGCACCGCCCGCCUGUGAACGUCCCCAAAACCCGCAGGACUUACUGCAAGAAAUGUGGAAAGCACCAGCCCCACAAAGUGACCCAGUACAAGAAGGGCAAGGACUCUCUCUAUGCUCAGGGAAAGAGGAGAUAUGAUCGGAAGCAGAGUGGUUAUGGUGGUCAGACAAAGCCUAUCUUCCGUAAGAAGGCCAAAACCACAAAGAAGAUUGUGCUGAGGCUUGAGUGUGUGGAGCCCAACUGCAGGUCCAAGAGAAUGCUUGCCAUUAAGAGGUGCAAGCACUUUGAGCUGGGAGGAGACAAGAAGAGAAAGGGCCAGGUGAUCCAGUUCUAAACUCCAUCCUGUUCAUUGUUAUGGAAUCCAUUAAAGUUUGUAAACGAAUCUGC